GAGUUUAGAAAGUAUAUUGUAUGGGCCAAGCCAUUUGAAUCAACCGCGCUCACUCACGGCCAUCUAGCAUGCCACUGCCAUCAGCCGCUCUAAGAUCGCCUAUUUCAAUAUGUAGAUAGCACUGUUCUCCCUCUGGUUUCCCCCGCCUUUUUGCUCCCCAGUUCUCUUCCGACUUGUAACUGCUUGAGGAAGCUUGGUGCCCUGACGCUUCACGAUUGUUUCUCUCUUUAAAGAAGUUAAUAAAUGUAUUACCGCUUCGCUUGUUUGAAUUUAAACUACUACCGCGACUAGUGAGGAAAAGUUAUUGUUAGAGUACUCCGCUAAAUAUCUAGAGUUGGAUCUUCUUUGUGUAAUCUCUUCGCCGCAACAUGGGCCAUGUGUUCAUCAUCGCCAGUGCAAGUGAAUCCUGAUUAUCUGACCGUGCUACCGCCUACCAGAACGAGGAGACCGCUCUUACAGUCCACUGUGAACCCGCCAUACCCAAAUGAGACGCCUUUAAAGAAUUAUACCUUACGACAAGCCAACGACAAGCCAAAAUGGUUCAAGCAGACUCUAGUAACAAUGAUGAUACGCGCCAAUGUCGACUCAGAAAUGAAGCCUUAUGGCAUCUACACGCUCAACUAUGUGUCAUUCAAAGAUUUAAUGAAAGCAACCUUUUCAUUUGGAAACGUAUUCUACAGUAAAAAACAGGCCAGUCAGACGUGAAGCAUUGAGGAUCAUACAAAUAAAAGUUUUUAGUAUCAUAUUGUGGAAAGACGUUUUUCAAAAUAUUGAUGUUUUCAUCUCUAUUACCAAUCAAUGAAUAGACUGUUUUGAUAAAAAUCAAUUCAUCUAUACUGUAUAUUUGAAUGUGAAAUUGGAAAUAAUCGAAGAAAAUGUUUGUUCCUUUUAUAAUAAGGUAUUAUUGCUUGAAAUAGG